AUGGAUGGCCUAAAUCACUCUGUGGUUUCUGAGUUUGUCUUGCUGGGACUUUCCAGCUCCUGGGAAACUAAGGUUUUCCUCACGCUGACAUUCUCCUUGCUCUAUGUAGGAAUCAUCCUGGGAAACCUCUUCAUUGUCUUCUUGGUCAUUGCUGACUCCCACUUGCGUUCUCCUAUGUACUUCCUGCUGGCCAACCUGUCCAUCAUUGAUGUGGGCUUUUCUACAGUCACAGUUCCCAAGAUGAUCUCAGACCUUUUAAGAGAAUACAAAGUCAUCUCCUUUCAAAGUUGCAUGGCUCAAAUAUGCUUCAUCCACAUCAUGGGAGCAGCAGAAUUGGUGCUACUCAUAGCUAUGGCAUUUGACAGGUACAUCGCAAUCUGCAAGCCUCUUCACUACUUGAGCAUCAUGAGCCCUAAAAGAUGCAUCUUGUUCGUGGGCCUUGGCUGGGUAAUUGGAGUGAUCCACGCUAUGUCUCAGUUUGCUUUCAUUAUCGACUUGCCUUUCUGUGGCCCUAAUGAAAUAGACAGCUUUUACUGUGACUUUCCUAGAAUAAUAAAACUUGCCUGCACAGAUGCAGCCAAGUUUGGGUUUGUUGUUGCUGCCAACAGUGGCUUCAUGACUGCAGGCACCUUCUUCCUGCUAAUCCUUUCCUACAUCUUCAUUUUGGUCACUGUCUGGAAGCGUUCUUCAGGAGACUUAUCCAAGGCACUAGUCACCUUGUCAGCUCACAUCACAGUGGUUAUUCUUUUUUUCACCCCCUGUGUGUUUCUGUAUGUGUGGCCUUUUCCCACAUCGUCAAUUGAUAAAUACCUGUUCAUUGUGGACUUUGCAAUCACUCCUGCCUUAAAUCCUGUUAUCUACACAUUGAGAAACAAAGAAAUAAAGGUAGCAAUACAGAGACUGAACAAACAGAAAUACCAUGUCAGAUUUGGCUAA